CCCUCCCCACCCUCCCCGCUUCCCUCUCCUCCCUCGUUCCGGCCCCGUGGCUCUUCCUCCCUUCCCCCCCACCUCCAUCCCGGCCCGCUCCCCACCUGGUCCUGAAUAGCCGUGCCCAGUGUCUGUGGGUCUCCCGGCUCCCCGGUCGUGCGGACAGCCUCUGCGGGCCCCGCCACGAUGGAGCUGCCCCAGCCGGACACCACCGCACGGAGCCCGGCUCUCAGUCCGGGGAGCGUGCGCGGUGGCGCCGUGCGUCCGAGCCACCUUCCGGGCCUCCGGCUUGGAGCUCCUGGCUUCCUGGGGUCCCCGGAGCGCGCGGCCACUUCCUCGCCUGUCGCCACCCUCACCCAGACCAUGCACGACCUCGCCGGGCUUGGCAGGGAGAGCCCAAAGAGUCAGGUAGGCAGCCUGCUCACAUGCCUAUCCCUGUCUCCUCGGCGAGCAUCUGCAUCCUCUCUGUCGUCUGAGUCCUCUGAAUCUUCUGAUGCAGGUCUCUGCAUGGAUUCCCCCAGCCCCAUGGACCCCCAGAUGGCGGAGCAGACGUUUGAACAGGCCAUCCAGGCAGCUAGCCGGUUAAUUCAAAACAAGCAGCUUACCAUCCGACGCUUCCAGUCCUUGCCGGUGAGGCUUCUGGGCCAUAGCCCUGUGCUGCGAAACAUCACCAACUCCCAAGUGCCUGGCAGCUGGAGGAAGAGCAAGGAGCGUGGCCAGCCUGCCCACACCUCUGGGGAGGACAAAGAGAAUGAUGGAUUUGUCUUCAAGAUGCCACAGGUGCCCACACAUCCCAGCCAUGCCCAUGCUCUGGCUGAGUGGGCCAGCCGCAGAGAAGCCUUUGCCCAGAGGCCAAGCUCAGCCCCCAACCUGAUGUGUCUCGCUCCCGAGCAGAAGAUGGAGGUGGAGGAGCUGAGUCCCCUGGCUCAACGUUUCUCCCUGACCCCCACCAAAGGGGCUCCUGACGAAGACGAUGGGUUUGUGGACAUCCUGGAGCAUGACUUAAAGGAUGAUGAUUCAGUACCCCCAGGCAUGGAGAGCCUCAUUAGUGCCCCACUGGUCAAGAAUUCAGAAAAGGAAGAGGAACAGGACCUCAUCAUGUACAGCAAGUGCCAGCGGCUCUUCCGCUCUCCGUCCAUGCCCUGCAGCGUAAUCCGGCCCAUCCUCAAGAGGCUGGAGCGGCCCCAGGACAGGGACCUGCCCAUACAGAACAAGCGGAGGAGAAGCGUGACCCCUCUGGAGGAGCAGCAGGAGGCUGAGGAACCUAAGGCCCGUGUCCUCCGCUCCAAGUCCUUGUGUCAUGACGAGAUUGAGAACAUCCUGGACAGCGACCACCGUGAACUGAUUGGAGAUUACUCCAAGGCCUUCCUCCUACAGACUGUGGAUGGAAAGCACCAAGACCUCAAGUACAUCUCACCGGAAACGGUGGUGGCCCUGCUGAUGGGCAAGUUCAGCAAUAUCGUGGAGAAGUUUGUGAUUGUGGACUGCAGAUACCCCUAUGAAUAUGAAGGCGGGCACAUCAAGACUGCCGUGAACCUGCCCCUGGAACAGGACGCCGAGAUCUUCCUGCUGCAGAGCCCCAUCAUGGCCCAUGGCCUGGACAAGAGAAUCAUCCUCAUUUUCCACUGUGAAUUCUCAUCUGAGCGUGGGCCCCGCAUGUGCCGUUUCAUCAGGGAACGAGAUCGGGCCAUCAACGUCUACCCCAGCCUCCACUAUCCCGAGAUGUACAUCCUCAAAGGCGGCUACAAGGAAUUCUUCCCACAGCACCCGACCUUCUGUGAGCCUCAGGACUAUCGACCCAUGAACCACGAGGCCUUCAAGGACAAGCUGAAGACCUUCCGCCUCAAGACGCGCAGCUGGACUGGGGAGCGGAGCCGGAGGGAGCUCUGCAACCGCCUGCAGGACCAGUGAGAGGCCAGCCAUGGACUUGCCCACCUUCAUGGCCCCGGGCAGCCUGGGCACCAGCCGCCCAGGGGCCUGUAGGCCUGAGGGUCUGCUGGGGGCCCCAGGUACUGUCCAGGGAAAGACAGUGAGGGUGUCCUGUCCAUCUGCCCCCAGCCCCGACCCCCUUGUCUCACUCCAGCCGUACUCCAUAUCCUGGUGCUGUCCCCUGCCGACACCCCAGCCCCUGGAAGAACCCAUGCUGUUGACUUAGUGAAAUUGGAGUAAGUCCAACUCAGAGGAAGUAUUUUGUGUCCAGCGGGAACUUUUUGCUUUUUUUCCUUCCUUGUUGGGGUUAACUCUUUGUCUUCCCGUGUCCAGAAGAGCUCCCAUUUUUCUAGGGACUUUGUUUGUAUGUAUGAAGCUGGGGGAAAGCCACAGCCCCCGAGACAGGCCAGAGCCACACUCCUCCCAGCGCUGGGAGUCAGCACUGUGCCCUGGCCCUCACGGCAGUCCAUGUGUGUCAGAGUGUCCCCCUUUCUUGUCCCCUCUUUCCUGUCCCUCCUUAUGUGCACCUGCAGCACAAACAUAAGCUCUUACUCUUUCUGUUUCAGUGUUACCUGCAUGCUUGGUUUGUGUGUCUGAUUUCUUUUGCCCAUCUCAGGACAUUCACAGGUGGUCAGGCAGUCACCCUAAGAGAAGAAGGGAGCCCUGCCCCAACCCGAAGUUACUCAUUAGGUCCCCCUGUCCAGUUGGGGUUAGAACUCAAACCUUAAUUAGCGACUUGGUCUGUCUUCUGUUGUCUCAGAAAGGGCUGUGAUUAUACGGGGGGGCCCCUGGGCGAGGGUUAAAGCCUGCAUCCGUAACCUCACUGGAAUCCCAGCCCCAGCUGCUGUGAACCCUGGGGCCUGACUUGUCAGAACUCACUGCUGUCUUGUGGAUGAACAGAUGGAUGGAUGAAUGGAUGGAUGCUGUAGAUGCACAAUGCCUUGCAACUACAAACUGCUGAAUGGAAUCAUUUCAGUGAGCAUGCCAGGUUGUGGUAGAAGUGUAUGUGUGUCUGUCUGUCUGAACAAAGUCUUUACAGUUUAAAGUUUGGAAAUACUGAAGAGGAGAUGUGAUGGAAGCAGCUAAACCAAGGACAGAGCCACCUCUGACUUCUUAACCUCAGGAUGUGGGAGGGCUGUGCUCGAAGGCCUGAAAGAGUCAUCUGUUAGGGCCUCAUCUCAAUAAAGCACUGAACACAUCGAGCAACCA